UAUCGGGGAAUUAAAAGAUCUGAAACUGGAGGGAGAAACGAAUGGCACUGAGCUAAUCGUAACUCCUAGUGGAAAUUUUUAAGGAUGCCAAGAAUAAUUUGUGAUGAAAUGUAAAUUGCAUAUAUAAGCACAUUUAGACACCAUGAACGGUAACCAGUUUCUGACAACUUUGAAGAAGUUGGGUUAUCCACAAGCCAGUAAUUUAGAUGCCCAAACAUUUGAUUGGAUAUUUGAAAAUGAUGCAGUCUUACCAUUUUUAGAAUGGUUUUGUGACCAUGCCCAUGCACUGAAUGUUUUACAGGAUAGAGAACUAAGAGAAUACAGAUCUCUAGAGGAAUCCACUGGAGUGCUGGAAGGUCCACAGUUACAAGAUGCAUUGAACAGCAUUGAAGGAGCCGAGGAUGACAUUCCAGUUGCUGAAUUGAGAGAGCAUGUAAACUCUAUGAAGAUGGAGCUAGAUUUAUGGAGGGGAAGAAAGGAAAGUAUACUGAGGCAGAGAAACAAGCUAAGUUUACAUAACACUUCUGUCAACCACAAGCUCUCAAAGUUGGGACCCAUGGAAACUGUUGCCAAAAAAGACUACAAGAGAUGCCUUGAACAGAGCCAGGCUGACAAUUCAAAGGUACAGCAUUGUAAUACUGUACUUUUUAUGAUUAUAGUACUUAACAUAAGUGCUCUUAGACAAAUAUUUGGUCAUGUUUCCUAGCUCUUGGGUGAAGAUGGCAUGAUGGCAUUGCACAGUUCCUAUACAGGCAGUGUUCAGUGGACUUGUGUUGAUCAUGAUAAUGCGUGAACCUGUU